ACAAUAUGCAUCUCACGGUCCGGGACCUCCGGGAGGCCGAAGGACAAGUUCACGUGGGUUUGUGCCGUGAUUUACCGGCUGCCUCCCGAACCACAUUUAUACCCUUCCCUACAUUGUUCUUGUGGCUGUGAUCUCAUCUCAUCAUGUCUUCCAAGCCUAAUGUCCUUUUGUUUGGCCUCGGUGGUAUUGGCGGUAUCUACGCUUCCAUCCUCCAGCUCUCACAGCGCUGCAACGUUCACGUCGUCGCGAGGAGCAAUUAUCAAAAGGUCAAGGAGAAUGGCUUUACUAUUGUCAGUCCCAAGUUUGGGAAUCAUACGGGGAUGAAAUUUGCAGGUGUGUGGAAAAGCACCGACGAAGCUGCUGCCAGCGGUGCCGAGUUCUCCUACAUUCUGUGUGCCAACAAGGCCCUUCUCGAUGCCAGCCCCUCUCUCUCGGACCACCUCCGCCCCAUCUUGAAUCCUUCCACCUCCGUCGUGCUGCUCCAAAACGGUGUCGGCGCCGAAGCCCCUCUCCACGAAUCUUUCCCAGACAACACCAUCAUUUCUGCCGUCGUCUGGACUGGCGGCAAGACACUGCCAGAUAAUAGCGGUGUCGAGCAAUUCAAUCGCGAAGGCCUGACAAUUGGUGUAGACUAUAGGAAAGGAGGCGACAAGGCGGAGGAAGAUGAAAAGCUGAAGACGCUCGUCGACUGGCUCGCAGCGGGUAAGGGAGACUGUACGGUCACUGAAGACAUCCAAAGCGAGAGAUGGGUCAAAGUCAUCUGGAACUGCUGCUGGAACUCCCUCACCGCCGCCACGCUCCUCAAAACCGGCCCCUUCUUCGCUUCCUCCGACCUUGCCCUGCCCUUGUGCUACUCCAUCAUGAGCGAAGUGGCCGCCGUCGCCAAAGCCAAGGGACUCACGGUACCCGAAGGUAAAGUGGAGGAACUCAUCAAGACAUGCACGGAUGUAGAGUAUCCCGGGCUGCCGUCGAGUAUGAUGGCGGAUGUCAAGGCGGGGCGGCCUUCCGAGGUGGAAGUGAUUUUGGGUGUGCCUGUACGAGAGGGUAUCAGGCUUGGGGUAACAGUGCCGACUAUUACCACGCUCUAUACGCUCAUCAAAGCUAUCGAUUAUCGUAAUCAGGACUCUGAUGCUGCCGGCGCUUGAGGGGGUCGCUCAUAUUGGCAUGUAUUGGGGUCUUUGUCAUUCUCGUAUGAGCCUCGAGAGUGUGAUGUCAAAACGACAUGUACUA